AUCCGAUGCGGCGCAAGCGAAAACCUCGAUGGUGCGGUAGAUUGAUAAAGAGCGUCAUGCUUUACAAGCCCUCUGGCAACACAACACACUGCACCGACAAGUGACAAUGCUCGACAAGAACGCACGCGACGUGGCCGCCGCGGUGGCUGGCAUGGAGCGGAGCCCGGGUCAGGAGCCCACGGACGUCGACCGUAGCCUGCUGUACACGUCUACCGACGGACGCCCCUACCCGAGCCUGACGACGAGCCUCAAAGUGGGGGCACACCCGGUGCAGAGCGACUCUCUGCUGCUCGAGAAACAGCAGGCUUUUGACCGCAUGAAGAUCCAGGAGCGCAUCGUGCACCCCAGCGGCAGCUCUGCAUUUGGUCGCUUCGAGGUCACACACAAUGUGUCGAAGCUCACCAAGGCUAAGAUGUUCCAACUGGGACAGGUGACGCCGGCCUACACUCGCUUCAGCACCGUCACGCUCGGGCGCGAGUACCCCGACAGCGCGCGCAACCCGCGCGGAUUUGCGACCAAGUUCUACACCGAGGACGGCAACUACGACCUCGUGGGUCUCAAUUGGCCCAUCUUUUUCGUGCGCGACCCUUGGCUGGGCCCGGACAACAUCCGCUCGCAGCAGCGCAACCCCUCGUCGUUUCUCCUCGACUUUGAGGCCUGGUUCGACUUCUUUGCCAACGUCCCCGAGUCGAACCACACGGGCCUCAUGCUCCUCUCGGACCACGGCACCCCCGUCGGCUGGCGCUACAUGAGCGGUUUUGGCUGCCAUACAUUCUCCUGGGUCAAUGCGUCGGGCGAGCGGACGUUUAUCAAGUACCACUGGCUGAGCCAGCAGGGCACGCGCAACCACACGCUCGAAGAGGCCACUAAGAUGUGCGGCGAGAACCCCAACUAUGCGAAGCGGGACCUCUGGAUGCACCUCGCGGGCGGCGGCAAGUGUGCCUGGCAACUGUGCGUGCAGACUAUGACGCCCGACGAGGCCGACAAGGUCGAGUUUGACCCCUUUGACGUCACCAAGGUGUGGCCGCGCGACCAGUUCAAGAUGCAGCCCGUAGGCAAGUUGACACUGGACCGCAACCCGGAAAACUACUUUCGCGAUGUCGAGCAGGCCGCCUUCAGUCCCGGUUCCAUGGUGCCUGGUAUCGAGGCAUCGCCCGACAGCCUCCUGCUCUGGCGCAUGUUCUUCUACCGCGACGCCCAGUACCACCGCCUGGGCGUCAACCUGCACCAGGUGCCGGACGGGGCCAUGCGCGUCGACGACAACAACGGCGGCAAGCCCCAAUUUAUGCCCAACUCGCUUCAGGGCAAGGACAAGGGCGCCCCCCUGGUGCAGCCGUCGACGACCGAGGUGCCUCAGGCCAUGUACUCGACGAGCCAGAUGGUCUCGGCACCGCCCACGCUGGCGCGCUCGGCGGCCAACUUCCGUCAUCGAGGCAAAGCGUCCGAGUACGACCAGGCACGCUAUCUCUGGCGCGAGAAGAUGUCGCAGGAGGAGCGCCAGAACACGGGCAAGAAUACAGCCUUCUUGCUCGACACGUUUCAGAAUGCCGAGGUCAAGACUCGGUUUUUGGCACAGCGCUUUGCCAUCUCGCCCGACUACGCGCAGCUGAUUGUGGCGAGCAUGAAGGAGAGCAAGGGCGUGCAGCUGGCCGAGAUCGAGGCGCAGAGCAAGACGGCACACCUCGUCAACGUCGACCCCGGCCACUCGCUCGGCAUGGCAAAGGACACGUCGUUCAUGGGCAUGAAGCAGUGUCCCUACCAGUUCAAGUCCUGAUGCGACAGUCUGUCCUGGCUGCUGUUUUUGUGUUUCUUGAGGCCUGAAUCUCGCUGCCAGCCCUCUCAAUGUGUCUUGAUUUCU